AAGUUGACUUUUUUUAGUGAAACGUUAAAAAAAAAAGUAGGGAAGAGCAUAGGUGUGGGGUUAGGGUUGUGAAGGCAGAAGCAGGAGACCAGUUAAGGAGGAGAACAGGACGCUAAGAGAGAUAGCCAAGGACUUUCUACAGCUGGGGCUCCAGAGGGAGCUCUGGGGUGGUGGCAUUGAAGCCAAGAGCUGAGGGACAAGCAGGAGUGAACGGAGCGAACGUUACUUGUGCACAACGUGAGUGAAGAAGACCCAGAGGUGGGAGAGUGUGUCCUGUUCACGGAACUGACGGGACACGGGUGGCUUGAGCCUGGGAGGCUCGCUCUUCACCAGCACCUGUUAGGCUGUGCAGGGUGCUGGGGGCGGGGGAGGCACUCCUAACACUGGGUAGCACUUGGGUGCCACCUACUGCGUGCCUGGCACUCUUCUAAGCCCUCUGCAUAUAUCGUCUCAGUUAAUGAAGAGGCAGAGAGGCACCUGUGCAAGGGGCUGGGAUGGCAAGUGGGUGACCUUCUCCUGUUUCCUAGAGAGCUGCACCCCAAAGUGGACCAUCUGCCACCUAUCCCCAAGGAACGAGGUGGCCCCGAGGUGGCAACAUCUACAGACGCAAAAGCGCUUUGGCCACUUGGGAGAAUCCAGUACGAGAGACCGCAUGCCAUUCCUGAUGGUGAUUUUCUGUGAAGACGCAGAGUACAGAGAUGAGGGCAGAGGGAAUGUCCCCCCUCCUGGCUCUGGGGCUCCUGGUGGCUGGGUUGCGCUCCAGUGUCCACUGCCUCCCAGGGGGCGGGCUUGACCUGGAGGAUGUGACCCCAGAGGACCAACACAAAGGGGCACCUGUGGACGACCACACAUUCGUCUCCAGCAACACCGACUUCAGCCUCUACAAGCAGUUGGCUUUGAAGACCUCCAAUGAGAACGUCAUCUUCUCCCCCCUGAGCGUCUCCAUGACCUUGGCCUUCCUGUCCCUGGGGGCCCGUGGACCCACCCCGACGGAGACCCUGGAAGGCCUCAAGUUCAACCUCACAGAGACCCCCGAGACAGAAAUCCACCAGGGCUUCCAGCACCUCGUGCAGACGCUCGGCCGACCCAGCGACCAGCUGCAGCUGAGCUUGGGCAACGCCAUGUUCGUCCAGGAGCAGCUGAAUCUUCUGGACAAGUUCAGGGAAGAUGCCCGGGCGCUGUGUGCCUCCGAGGCCUUCUCCACUGACUUCCGGGAUUCCGACACUGCCAAGAAGCUCAUCAAUGACUAUGUGAGGAAUAAAACGCAGGGGGAAAUUGUGGAGCUGUUCAAAAAUGUUCCCCAGAGCACAGUGAUGGUACUGGUGAAUUACGUCUACUUUAAAGCCCAGUGGAAGAAGCCCUUUGAUCCCAGCCAUACUUAUAAGUCAGAGUUCCACGUGAACGAGAACAGGACAGUGGAGGUGCCCAUGAUGACCACUGGGGGCCUGGAAACGCCUUACUUCCGGGAUGAGGAGCCCUGCACCGCGGUGGAGCUCAGGUGCACCAGCGACGGCAGCGCGCCCUUCAUCCUCCCUGACGAGGGCAAAAUGCACGACCUGGAGGCCAAGCUGCUCCCAGAGACGCUGAGGAGGUGGAGAGACUCCCUGCAGCCCAGACGGAUAGAUGAACUCAACUUGCCAAGGUUUUCCAUCUCCAGCGACUAUAAGCUGAGAAACAUACUUUCCCAGCUGGGUAUUAAGAAAGUCUUCAACCACAAGUCUGACCUGUCAGGAAUCACAGAGGUCAACAAGCUGGGGGUUUCCGAGGUGGUCCACCAGGCCAUGCUUGAUGUGGGCGAGGAAGGCACGGAAGGAGCUGCUGCCACUGGAAUCAAGAUGGUGACUUCAACCUUACAAGCGUUCAUUGCUAGUUUUGGCAGGCCCUUUCUGAUUUCCGUAAUUCACAAAGAUACUCAGAGCAUCAUCUUUUUGGGGUAAGUCACCAAACCCAGUCAAGCCUAG